CCAGCUGUUUCUGUAUGUCCAGAUUAGCAUCCUCCUCCCCCCUAAUCUUGGUCCAUAAUUGUGCAGCCUUCCCUCGCGAAAAGGACGCAUCGGCUCUACGUCCACGCCUGAACCAAAUAUGUCGUCGCGAACACCCGGAAUUAUAGGCGCGGCUUGUCCUAGUUUUGCCAUGGCUUGCCGGACUUCGCGCGGACACGGCUUGUCCCACCCGCAGGAGUCAUCUCGGGGAUCCUUAUGUCGGGGAUUCCCCACCCUAACCGGGCCCAUAAUUAUAGAACCCACAUUCGGCGACGUAACGUUGUACGAGCUGCAGCGAUUACAGGAGCGCCGAAGAUAUACGACGUACGCGGAAAUUUUAGGCACCACGGCACGGACGAAGAGUCUCACACACGGUCGGCCGUUGGCGCGCCAGCAGCAGCAGCAUUUGAGUCAAAUGGCAGCAACUCAAAUGGCAGCAGCAGCAGCAGCUGCAGCGACAUUUAUGUACGCGCUGCUUCAUCCUUUUGUCGCUGUCAACUCACUCUCUUAGCAUUCGAUCCUCGUCGUUGCUAGCUACGUGUCGCUGAUUCCGCAACAGCUGAUUCCACAACAGCUUAUUCCGCGACAGCUGAUUCCGCGACAGCUGAUUCCGCGUGUUGGUCGAUAGCUGGGUGUCUCAUCCCUCCACCAUCCAUCCGCCUGUCGGUCGUGCGCCUGCUUUUUCCACAUUUCCGUGACCCUCGUCCUUCCCGCUUGGAUUGGCUCUCAUCCCGAGACUCACUCGGAAACGCAAAAGAGAGACUGGUCCGCCCACGUGGCAUUGCUGCCAACUCAUCCUCGUCCAGACGUCAGAGCCUCACGAAGCUGCUUCGUAGCAACCUCAUCUUAGAAUGGCGACUGCUGUGUCCGAGCGAUCGCCUCCCCAUGGCGGAAUGCGAGCGUCGCUUGAGACGCUCAGUGCGCGUCGCCCGAGGCCAGCCCCGGGUCGUCAGGGCGGUCGUUUUCACGCCCUUUCGGCGGCUCAACUUGUGCUUCUCGCGCUGCUGGCAGUGGGAGUCACAGGCCAUAAGAAGGCUGCUGCUGCGUACAGCAGUGCGAGUCUGCACGCUGCUGGGAAUUCCAUGCGGACCUUGGGACGGUGGCACGCGCGGGAAGCAGAAGCGGCUGGAGGGAGAGCAUUGAUAGACAGGAGGAGCAGCAGCAGCAGUAGCAUCAUCAGGAGCGGCAGCGGGGAGCAAGGGGAGCAAGGCGAGGAGGUUCCCGAGUGGGCGCGGAGCGAGUUGCGGCGGUGGGAGGCUGCGCAGGCGCGAGAACGCAGGCGGACGGCGGAGAAGGCGGAGAUGGGGCGCGCGCUGUGGGCAGAGACGGAGGCGGGGUUUGAGGCGCGGCUGGCGGAGUGGCAGGCGCAGGGCGCGCGGAUGCAGAAGGUGGCGGAGAGGAGGAGGGCGAAACGGGCGAGACGGGCUAGGAGCAAGUGGGCCCGGGCGCAGAGGGCACAGGCACGGGCACGGGCUGAGAGCACGAGCAGUGGCGUUUCUGGGGAUGGUGGCGACGUUGGCAGUGGUGGCAGUGGUGCUACUGCUGCUGGCGCUGCUGGUGGUGCCGGUGGUGUUGGAGUGGCGAGUCUGACAGAGGACGAGCUGACGGACCUCAUGCCCGGAGGCACGCGAUCCUGGCAGCACCUCAAAGCCACCACCACUGCCCGCCCUCCCUCCUCCUUUUUCCCCACGGCUCCCACCACCACUCCCUCUUCCUUUUUUCCCACCGCUUCCUCCUCCUCCGUUGCAGACGGGAACGAAACCUCCACUUUCCCUUCCACUCUCUCCUCCUCUCCCUUCUCCACUCCCUCCUCCUCCGCAUCAGAUGGGAACGACACCUCCACCUCAACCCCCUGGGAGGAGCGUCGCCCCUCGGGAGACUCCCCCUGCAGCCCCAGGAGCACUGGCCCUGUGAUCAACGUGACCUCUGUAGCCGACAUUCUCUCUCGCAUGCAGUAUCCGCCCACGCAGACUGUCACCCUCGUGCUGCUCGCCUCUAUCUCUCUCAACCGCUCUCUACUCCUCGAUUCCAAUUUCUCCUGUACUAUUUUCCGGGCGGACUCGCUCCCCAGCCAGCACGCCCUGGAGAUCACGACGGAUACUGAGCCUGUGCUGCAGGUGCACAAUGCGAGCAACAUAGUGUUUAUUGGCAUUUCUCUGAGGAGCCCGGUCAGAAACGGGUCUGCUUAUUGCGAGUCGCUUCCGGAGUAUGGGGCGCUGCUGGGGAACGACCUGCUGUGCCCAGCUCUUCUCAUCUACAGGUCCUACGGCAUCCAGUUCACUCAGGCAUCAGUGAUCGGCCGCAUUGACGUAUUUCGCUGCGCGUACACGAAGCUGGACUCACUGUUUGCCACGGCGCCCUGGGACUAUGCGUACCACCCCGGGGUGAUCCGCAUGGGCAUGAGCGGCAUUGGAGUCAACCUGACCUCGUCUGAGAACAUAAUUUCCAACAAUGACCUAUUCGGGGCCUGGGAGCUCAUCUAUCUCUACCGGGGCACCAUCGGAGCCACAGUUCGCAACAACUUUUUGCACGACUACCUCUUUGCGGGCUUCAGGUGUGGUGCGGACGUGCACUUUGCGUGGGACUGUGCGCUGACCACCGUGGCGCACAACUUUGUGUUUUCCCCUCAGAAGAAGGACCUCACGGGGGACUCAGCUGGCAUCUACUUCUGCACGCACUGGUUCAACCCCGGAAACACGGUGACCUGCAACUAUGUGAUUGGCGGCGACCACUGCUACUACCUGGACUACUGCACGUCAGGCGUGGUCAUCCAGGGGGGCGUGUGCCUGCAGCUGUGGGACGGGGUGAAGCUCAACAAUGGCAAACGCAACCACAUCCGCAGCCUGCUCAUGGUGGGGCUGGGGCAGAGCCCCGGCUACAUCACGUGCUUCACAGUCACUGUCAACCACUGCGGGAAGGACCCCGGGUCGUACUGGGAGGCCAUGAGGAAGCUCUACUAUGACACGCCCGAGAUCAAUAAGGAAUGGCCCUGGAUGAAGCACGUGUGCCGGCAGACGCGCAUCGGCGCGUACAGCUGCAACCCGCGCGGGCACAACGCGCUCACGGCGCACGAGACUGGAGCGUGCAGUGGGCUUGCGACAGAAAACGAUGUCGAGUACAUUGUGGUUGACCCCGACACGAGUCGGGAUGCGGAGUACCGCUACUGCGAGCGAAACCCUGGGGCGCAUCAUUUGAACCGGCAGGUGGUGUACAGGUACAGUGGCGACGAAAUGAAAUUCGCCGAUUAUAAAAAUGAGGAUUUUGCGGUUACGGAGGGGUCUGUGGUGCUGGCAAAACACCCGGAGUUUGUUUCGUGUCCGAGAAAGGAUGUGGGGACCAAGCCAGUGUCGAUUCAUUCUUACUACAAGGAUUGGAAUAUCCCGGAGCCGUCUUUCUUCCAGGCCAUACUGGAUUUGCCUUACGAGAUGGUGUUCAAUAAUGAUCUCUACUAGGCUUUAGGUUCAGAUGUUUAGAUUUUAUGGUAUGCCAUAUCGGCCAAGUGCCCCUCCAUUCUUGCCUAGAGAAGCAUACCGUUAUCACCCGGAUAUAGGUGUUAGAAUACUAGAAUAAUUGAAACAAGGGAGAACAAGAGAGAUUAGUGUUGGGGUUGUACCCACUAA